UUGUUAAAGACAGGAAAUGACACCAAGAGAUUGAUAUCCUUGCGAAACGGUAAGAAGGCUUCCAGCCUUUCCUCGAAAUGACCCGAUUUGGACAGAACCCUAUCCCUAGGUCCAAAUUCCAAUCUAUUCCUGUUCCAAUAUCCGGGGUUAGUCUUAGAUGGCGCGGGACGCGGCCACUUUCCGGGGUACCUCUGGAGAAAUUGGCGAUUAGGUCACCUGUCGAAUACAGCCCUUCAAGAUCCAACAAGGGCGGAGUAGUAUAUAUUACGGGUUUACGCACGCCAAAUACUUCACUGUUCUCACUCGAAACAGUUUACCACCAUGGCUCCUGGUGUAGUCGCCUCCGCUGCAGCUGAUUCUGGGAUUAACCAUCUUCUCGACCCAAGAAAGAAGUGGUAUAAUAAUAGGCGCAUCCUUGCUUUGAAUGGAUGGAUUGUGUUACUGCUCAUCACAUCCUCGACCAAUGGAUACGAUGGAAGUAUGAUGAAUGGUCUGCAAUCUCUGAGCCAAUGGCAAAAUUACUUCAACCAUCCCAGUACUCAUGAACUCGGCCUACUCAAUGCUAUCCAGAACAUCGGUGCUUUAGCCGCUUACCCUUUUGCUCCUUACCUUUCCGAUGGCAUUGGACGUCGUCCCACUGUCUUCAUCGGCGCUAUCAUUAUGUGUAUAGCUACAGCUCUUCAAGGUGCUUCACAAUCGGAAGGAAUGUUUGUCGGAGCCCGUUUUCUAAUCGGGUUUGGGCUUACCUUUGCUGCCAAUGCUGCCCCGAUGUUGGUUUCCGAACUUUCAUAUCCUCUAUACCGCGCACAAUUAACUGCCACGUACAAUUCCUUGUGGUACGCUGGCGCUAUCAUUGCGGCAUGGACUACGUUUGGUACAUUCAAGAUUAAUAGUACAUGGGCAUGGCGGAUACCCUCAGUUCUUCAAGGACUCCCGUCAGUGCUCCAAGUGCUGCUAAUUUGGUUUGUCCCGGAGUCACCUCGUUAUCUCGUCCAUAAAGGCAAAGAAGAAGAAGCACUCAAUGUUCUUGCUUACUACCAUGCUGACGGCAAUCGUGACGAUCCCCUGGUACAAUACGAAUUUAAUGAAAUCAAGACUGCGAUUGAUUAUGAUCGAACAGUUGCCGCAAAUGUUGGCUGGAAGUCGUUGUUCAAUACCCCCGGAAACCGAAAGCGAAUGAGGAUCAUCAUUGCAAUCGCCUUCUUCUCGCAGUGGUCUGGAAAUGGUCUAGCAUCUUACUACUUGAACCAGAUUCUCAACGAUAUCAAUAUCAAAGACUCGACUACUCAGCUUCUCAUUAACGGAAUUCUGGCCAUUUGGAAUUUAAUAUGUGCACUGAUCGCUUCUAGCAUGGUGGAAAGAUUGGGUCGUCGCUUCAUGUUCUUGUUUUCCGGUAUCGGGAUGCUCGUGUUCUUCACCUCGCAAACGAUCGUAUUUGCCCAAUUCCAAAUAAACGCCCAACCAGCUGCUGCCCACAGUGUUAUCGCUUUCAUUUUCCUCUUUUACGCCUGUUACGAUGUCGCCUUCACGCCAUUGAUUGUUGCCUACACUGUUGAAAUUCUGCCCUAUCCUCUCCGAGCCAAGGGUUUCAACGUAUUCAACUUCGUUAUCUCGUUGGCAUUAAUCUUCAAUCAAUACGCCAACCCUAUUGCUCUAGCUGCCAUCACUUGGAAGUACUACAUCAUCUACUGCUGCUGGAUCGCCUUCGAAUGUGUCUUCCUCUAUUUGUACGUUGUUGAGACCAAGGGCCUCACGUUGGAAGAAACCGCUGCCAUUUUCGAUGGAGAACAUGCGACAAACGAGAUUCUCGGCCAAGGAUUACAUGCAGCAGGCAAACACGAAGGCAAGCAUUCCGGGUCAGUCGACGAGGUGGAGCAUCAUGUUGGGACUUUGGAGAAAGUUUGAUAUGGUUUAAUUUCUUCUCGUUCGGGUUUGUUUCGUUUUGGACAUAGCAGAUUGAACAAGCUAUCCUUGUCUGCCUCAGACUUACGAGACACGGCUAUCUUACUGUAAAUGCAUAAAUAAACCUGCCCAUGAGACCCGAUAUCAUUAGGCAUGCAUGUAAUUCUAUUUGGAUUCCCUGGUUAUCGAUUUCAUUCUCAUUCUCCGAUAGUUGAGCGGCAAGCCUUUUUGGAGGCUAAAAAUUUCAGCUCGUUUCCUACCGACAGAUAUCGAUGUCAUAAGUAGAAACAAACAUGGUUCUGUAUUUUUUUGGAAUUUUCACCCGU